GCCAGUGUGCGGUAAGAGGUAACCUGGCGAGUGGUAGCGCCGCUUCUCCCGUGCUGUGGCUCAUGCUUUGGUACUAGAGGCCGAGGCUAUUCUGGCGACGGCAACCUCUGCGGCGACGGCUGAGGCUCUCGGAGAAGUGGCGGAGUACGGUCUGGAGGAAGGGCUUGUGGUCAGCCCAGGUUCUGUCAUAAUGAAUGGAUCCAGUGUGGCGAAUACAUCACCCAGUGUAAAAUCCAAAGAGGACCAGGGGUUAAAUGGGCACGAUGAGAAGGAAAACCCAUUUGCAGAGUACAUGUGGAUGGAGAAUGAAGAGGAUUUCAACAGACAGGUGGAGGAGGAGCUGCAGGAGCAAGACUUUUUGGACCGCUGCUUCCAGGAGAUGCUGGAUGAAGAAGACCAAGACUGGUUUAUUCCAUCACGAGACCUGCCUCAGGCCAUGGGACAGUUGCAACAGCAGUUAAAUGGACUGUCGGUCGGAGAUGGUCAUGAUUCUGAAGAUAUUUUGAGCAAAAGUAAGCUGAACCCGGAUGCCAAGGAAUUUAUUCCAGGAGUGAAGUACUGAGCUGACAGAGAGCUUUGAGGAGGACUUGUGUGUCCCCAUGUCUGGGGACAGCGCUGCACAAAAAGGCGGAGCUGAAGGUGGGGGUGGGGCGGGUGGGGGUGCACAGCGGGGCGGUGGGGAACAGCAGUUUAACUUGACACUGUGACUGGAGUAACCAAUGUGCUCAGUCUUACUCUGCAAGCCUCUGAGUAUUUCCCUUUUGUUCUACUGACUUUCAUUUGGA